AUGAAUUCUCUCAUCCCUCUUUUAGUGGAAGCAUCAACAUACAUUGUAAGAGGAGAAAGCAGCAUCUCAAUUGCCAUUGGAAUAGGGCCUCAAGCUAGCAGGAGUGUGCCGUACCACAUUCUUUGCAGGGGAUGUGACGGCACGGUAACAACUUUUCGUACGUGGCAUACGCAACCACUCGGGCCUUGCAAUACAAUCAUCAUAGGCAGAAAAGGUAAUGAGACAACCGGCGGCGCAGAACAGAGGAGGCAGCAGCACUUAACGUCUGAUUCAGCAACAAAAGCGUCAUUGGUGGGUUUUUGUGGGCUGUAUUAUUAUUUCAGGAAAUAG